AUGUGCUCUUUUGGAAGCAACACGAGCAAUUACAAGAAAGGCAGGCGCGCACGAGUGCAGCGGAGUAACAGCGACGCCUUCUAUUUCACCCUUCCCAGAGUCAAACAAUGGAUUCAGCAACUCCGCGAAGGGUACAUGGAUGGCACCUACAAACGCAAGAACUACCAACGGUUCAAGGAGACCCUCAGGUGCAACGAUGUGCAGCUGCCUGUGGAGUUCCUUGCUCUUGUCGAAGAGAUGAUCCACGAGUUGCCCCAGGAGCGACCCAUUGCCUCGCAGCUUCUUAGUCGCCUGGAGUCGAUGAGUAAUGCGGUACAUGAUCGCCACCCUUGGAAGACUUACCAGUGGAAACGCUGCGAGGGGAGGCGCGAGGCGUCAACACCGGCUAAUUAUUCUAUGGAAGCUCAACUGCAGCAUUUGGAUCCAGCGAAGCCCGUUGGACUCAUGUGUACGGUAGUAUCCACCCUCGAAAUUCACCGUAUCUGGGUGGCGCCACUCGCACCUAGACUGUGGACCUGGACCCGGCGGACUACCUGGGUGCAAGAUAACAAGGCAGCAGUUAUCAGCCAGCUCUGCCUGCGCUUCGUGCUGAAAUGCUACGUACGGUCUAUCAUCCAUGCGAGAAGAAAUAUCGUGGCGCCAGGCAAACGCGUCGUCUGUAGAGCCUCGGACAUCACACCAACGGAGAAGCAUCGCUCCCGGGUACCCGGUAGUGUACUAGAAACAUAUUAA